UUUGGACUUUUCAUGUCCCUCACCGGUAUUUCUGAGUCCUGGGAAAGAUUUUCUCCCUUCUACGUCUUUGCUUCCCCUAUGUUCCUGCAACAGAUGAUCAACUCCAAUUUCCGCGAACGAUAAAUCAAAAUGGCACCUUUCUUUGUUCUGUUUCUAUUAGCCUCUUCAUUGACUCAAGGGUAUGCUCAAUUUCAACCAAAAAACGAAGCUUUUAUAUCCUUGUUGAUUACCCAAAAUGGCCUUGACUUUGUGAAGGAGUUGCUGGUGAACAAGGCAAUUUCCUCACUGGUCUCACUUCGAUUGCCGAAUAUUGAAAAGACUGCGAAAAUCCCAGUUGUGGGUAAUGUCUACAUGGUGCUCUCCAACAUCACAAUUUAUCAUAUUGAUGUUCCUUCCUCGCAUGUCAAGCCAGGGGAGACAGGAAUUUCCAUUAUAGCUUCUGGGGUUACUUGUAAUUUGAGUAUGAAUUGGUAUUACUCUUAUAGUACAUGGCUUGUGCCUGUUAAGAUCUCUGACAGAGGUAGAGCAGAAGUUCAGGUUGAAGGCAUGGAAGUAGGACUUACAUUGGGUUUGGAGAACCAGGAAGGGUCUUUGAAGCUGAAACUCAAGGACUGCGGGUCUAAUGUUAAAGAUAUUUCAAUAAAAUUGGAUGGAGGUGCAUCUUGGCUUUAUCAAGGGAUAGUUGAUGCUUUUGAAGAUAAAAUUGGUUCAACAGUGGAAAAUGCUAUCGCCAAGAAACUUACGAAAGGGAUUUCAAGCCUUGACUCGUAUUUGAAAAGUCUUCCAAGGGAGGUCCCAGUUGAUGAUCAUGCUUCUAUGAAUGUCACUUUUGUCAAUGAUGUUUUAUUCAGUGAUUCAUCUGUUGGAUUUGAAACCAAUGGGUUAUUUAUAGAAAGAAAGAUUUCCUUACCUAUUCUUGACCUCGACCACAAGAACUCGAAACUUCCAAUUUUAUGCACAAAUUCAUCAAAAAUGCUAGGGAUCACUUUAGAUGAGGCUGUUUUUAACUCCGCAACAGCCUUAUAUUAUGAUGCAAAAUUUAUGCACUGGAUUGUUGACCAAAUACCAGAUCAAUCUCUACUGAACACUGCAGGAUGGAGAUUUAUUGUUCCCCAGCUGUACAAGAAAUACCCAAAUCAUGACAUGAACUUGAAUGUAUCUUUAUCGUCUCCUCCAGUUGUGGAGAUUUCAAAUCAGAAAGCUGGUGCCACCAUAUUUGCAGACAUGGCAAUCGAUGUUUUGGAAGAAGAUGAAGUAAUACCAGUGGCAUGCAUAUCAUUGGUAAUUCAAGGUACAGGUCUGGUCAAAAUCAAAGGAAACAACCUCGUAGGUUCUAUCAGAUUGAAUGACUUUCAAAUGUCAUUGAAAUGGAGCAACAUUGGCAAUCUGCGGAUGUACCUCAUUCAGCCAGUUGUGUGGACGCUUAUUGAAACUGUCUUCUUGCCAUAUGCAAAUGCACGUCUGAGUAAAGGGUUACCUUUGCCCAUCAUUCAUGGUUUCACCUUACAAAAUGCAGAGAUAAUCUUGUCAACUUCAAGAAUUGCAGUUUGCAGCGAUGUAGCUUUUGCAGAUUCAAACAAGCGUUUUCUUCAAUUUCAUUGAAGAGUGUAUGGUUAUUGUUCAUGGAGUGUAAAUAGUUCAAAUCAGAAAUCAAGAUGAUACAUCUACUUGUGCAAUCUUAUUUCAUUUGUUAAUUGCUACUUGCUGGGAAACGGGGCAAUCAUUAUACAAACUUUGAUACAAAUACUUGCUCCGCCAGUUAUCAUGUAAGAAGUAGAGGUUUAUAAAACCUUGCAAAAGAACAUGUGCAUAUUUGAAUUAGAGUUAGUAUUUGAAUAAAUUUGAUGUUACAAACUUGGUUUUGAUUA